GCGGCGGCGGUGGUGGGGCUCUGCCUCUACAAGAGCCCAGCACAGGCCGCAGGGACGCGGCCGCUGUGAGCCGAGACCGCGGGCCGCCGAGCCCAGCCGGCCAGCGCGGAGAAUUUGUUCCUGGUGAAGAGAAGCUCCUCCUCUGGUUCCCAGACCCCUUGAGGCUUUAGGAACCAGUAGGUGAAAUUAUCUGCCUUGAAGGAGAAACAGCACCUGCUCCUUCAUCAAGAGGAAGCUGUUCAUUGCUAUGGAUACCGAAUCCACAUAUUCUGGAUAUUCAUACUAUUCAAGCCAUUCAAAAAAAUCUCACAGACAAGGGGAGAGAACUAGAGAGAGACACAAAUCACCCCGAAAUAAAGAUGGCAGAGGGUCAGAAAAAUCUGUCACCAUUCAGGCUCCCACCGGAGAGCCCCUGUUGGCAAACGAUUCUACUCGGACCGAGGAAGUUCAGGAUGACAACUGGGGAGAGACCACCACAGCCAUCACGGGCACCUCAGAGCACAGCAUAUCCCAAGAGGACAUUGCCAGGAUCAGCAAGGACAUGGAGGACAGUGUGGGGCUGGAUUGUAAACGUUACCUGGGCCUCACCAUCGCCUCGUUUCUGGGACUCCUAGUUUUCCUCACCCCCAUUGCCUUCAUCCUGUUACCCCCGAUCCUGUGGAGGGAUGAGCUGGAACCUUGUGGCACAAUCUGCGAGGGACUCUUUAUCUCCGUGUCAUUCAAACUCCUCAUUCUGCUCAUCGGAACCUGGGCCCUUUUCUUCCGCAAGCAGAAAGCCGACGUGCCACGGGUGUUUGUGUUCCGAGCCCUGUUAUUGGUCCUCAUCUUCCUUUUUGUGGUUUCCUAUUGGCUUUUUUAUGGAGUCCGUAUUUUGGACUCUCGGGACCGAAACUACCAGGGCAUUGUGCAAUACGCGGUCUCCCUCGUGGAUGCCCUCCUCUUCAUCCAUUACCUGGCCAUCGUCCUCUUGGAGCUCCGGCAGCUGCAGCCCAUGUUCACGCUGCAGGUGGUCCGCUCCACUGAUGGAGAGUCCCGGUUCUACAGCUUGGGACACCUGAGCAUCCAACGAGCAGCUUUGGUGGUUCUGGAAAAUUACUACAAAGAUUUCACCAUCUAUAACCCGAACCUCCUCACAGCCUCCAAAUUCCGAGCAGCCAAGCACAUGGCCGGGCUGAAAGUCUACAACGUAGAUGGCCCCAGUAACAAUGCCACAGGUCAGUCCCGGGCCAUGAUCGCUGCGGCCGCUCGGCGCAGGGACUCCAGCCACAACGAAUUGUAUUACGAAGAGGCUGAGCAUGAACGGCGGGUGAAGAAGCGGAGAGCAAGGCUGGUGGUGGCAGUGGAAGAGGCCUUCAUCCACAUCCAGCGUCUCCAGGCUGAGGAGCAGCAGAAAGCCCCAGGGGAGGUGAUGGACCCUCGGGAGGCAGCGCAGGCCAUCUUCCCCUCUAUGGCCAGGGCGCUGCAGAAGUAUCUGCGCACCACUCGGCAGCAGCACUACCACAGCAUGGAGAGCAUCCUGCAGCACCUGGCCUUCUGCAUCACCAACAGCAUGACGCCCAAGGCCUUCUUAGAACGAUACCUCAGCGCGGGACCCACCUUGCAGUAUGACAAGGAGCGUUGGCUGUCUACGCAGUGGAGACUGAUUAGUGACGAGGCGGUGACGAACGGGUUACGGGAUGGAAUCGUUUUCGUCCUUAAAUGCUUGGACUUCAGCCUCGUAGUCAAUGUGAAGAAAAUUCCAUUCAUCGUCCUCUCCGAAGAGUUCAUAGACCCCAAAUCUCACAAAUUCGUUCUUCGCCUACAAUCUGAGACAUCAGUUUAAAAGUCCUAUAUUUGUGUCUUUAU